UUAUCAUUUAAUAGCCUAAAGCUUGAACUAUAGCAAUGUCGGUCCAACCAACAUCACGAGAGCUCUUCAUCUUCAACGAAGGCAAGACUUUCAUCGAGAACAUCACUGUCCGCACCGACGGCACACUCCUCUUGAGCACAUUCGAAAAUGGCCGCCUCUACUCGCUAGACCCAAAAGCCGCUGCUCCGAAACCCGAGCUAGUCGCCGAGUUCCCCGGUGCAAAUGGCAUAACCGGAGUCGUUGCGAAUUCCCCCAACGUCUUCACCGUAACCGGCGGCGAGCAGAAGCCGUUCCGGUUCACGCUGGGAUCUAUGAAGGUGUACACCGUCACCCUCCCGGGGCCCGGCCAGCCCGCAGUCGUGAAAACCGUCGCCGAGGUACCCGACACCGAGAUGCUCAACGGCCUCGCGGCGCUGCCCUCCCGGCCCCACGUCGUCCUGAGCGCCGACUCCAUCCGCGGCCGCAUCUUCCGCAUCGACACGGCCACGGGCGCCGUGGACGUGGCCUUCUCCGACCCGGCCCUGGAGCCCGACGACGCGUUCCCGCUAGGCGUCAACGGGCUCAAGAUCUUCGGCUCGCACCUGUACUUCGCGAAUUCCGCCAAGGGGUCCUUCGGCCGUGUCCCGAUCGGCCCGGACGGCAGCAAGACGGGGGACGUCGAGAUCGUCGCGCGUAUCCCCGGAGCGCCGGGGCCUAGUAACGUCUACGAUGACUUCGAUAUAGCGCGGCGGCCUGGUGGUGGUGGUGGUGGGAAUCCUACGGCCUAUGUCGCGGCGAUGCUGAAUAAGGUUUUUUCGAUCGACUUGGUGACCGGGGAGCAGAAGCUGUUCUUCGGCGGAGGCGAUAGCACGGCCCUCGUACGGCCGACGAGCGUUGCGACGGCUAAGGAUGGCAAGAGCAUUUAUGUUGUCACGGCGGGUUUUGAGGAUUUUAGCGGACCUGCUAAGGGGCAGGUCGUGGAGAUUCCAAUCUAGGUAGUGAAUACUGGGA